UCAGCCUCGCGGACAGUGAAAAACAGUUGCUCUUUCCUCGUCAGCCACUCGUCAACAAUUUGUCUUACUGCAAGCAGAUUGAACGCCGCCAUGGCAAAGGACCCAAAUAAGCCCAGAGGAAAAACCUCCUCCUAUGCUUUCUUUGUUGCGACCUGCCGUGAAGAGCACAAGAGGAAACACCCAGGCGUCGGUGUCGGCUUUGCAGAGUUCUCAAAGAAAUGCUCAGAGAGAUGGAAGACCGUGUCAGCCAAGGAGAAGGUGAAGUUCGAGGACAUGGCUAAGAAUGACAAGGUCCGAUAUGACCGUGAGAUGACAACAUAUGUUCCUCCGAAGGGUGCAAAAAAGGGCAAGAAGAAGAAGGACCCAAAUGCCCCAAAGAGGCCACCCUCUGCUUUCUUCGUGUUCUGUUCUGAUCACCGUGCUAGAAUCAAGGAGGAGAACCCUGGUAUCACCAUUGGUGACAUUGCCAAGAAACUUGGAGAGUUGUGGGGCACACAGACUUCCAAAGACAAGGCUCCACAUGAAGCAAAGGCUGCUAAACUGAAGGAAAAAUAUGAGAAGGAUGUUGCUGCCUACAAAGCCAAAAGUGGGUCCGGAAAGAGUGAUGCUGGUAAGAAGAGUGGCCCAGGUAGGCCCAUUGCCAAGAAAGCAGCACCAGCUGAUGAUGACGAUGACGAUGAUGAGGAGGAUGAUGAUGACGAUGACGAUGAAGAUGAUGACUAAACAAUUUGUUAACGGAUGUGAAGUCUACAAUGUGUUUUUUCAGCAUACGUAUGUUUUGUGCAUAUGAUUAUAGCCUGCUGUCCCUGUUGGUCGGCCUCAGUAGGAUACCAGACCUGUAUAUUUUUUUUUCUUAUUCAGGGAUUUAGUUAUUAUAUUGUCACGUAGCCCCACAAUGCUCCUCCACUGAACAAGGGUUUGUAAUGUAUAAGAUCUUCAUUGCUACCUGGACCAGCAACCAGGUGACUUUGAUAUAAUUCACUGACAGUGGGCAGCAGCAAAUCUGGCAAGUUUUAAAGUUCUUUCUGGAAACACAGCUUUAUAUCCUGUUUAGUGGUGCGGUUUCUUCAGUCAUUUUACUUUCCAGAUUUAUCUGUAGUUAGAACAAGUGUUUGCAGCCAUUUUAAUGUGGAACAUUGAAGAGUUUCGUGUAGAAUGAUUUUUUUUUUUCUUUUGUAAUAAAAUUUUGUAUAUUGA